UGACGUGUAUGACGCAGUGAGUAUCGCGAGAUAACAGGGGAUGAAUAUGGCCGCGGUUAAACUACAGAAGAGUGUCGUGAGUCAGGCUGGAAAACACACAGCUUCUGUCAUCUUUCUUCAUGGCUCAGGUGACACAGGGCCAGGUUUGCGCAGGUGGGUUUAUGAUGUGUUGGGACAAAACCUGGCUUUUGAAAACAUCCGGGUGAUUUAUCCCACAGCACCAGCCAGGCCAUACACACCCAUGCGAGGGGCUCAGUCUCAUGUGUGGUUCGAUCGUCAGAAGAUUUCCCAAGAUUGCCCGGAACAAUUGGAGUCUAUAGAUUCCAUGUGCGAAAAUUUAAGUUCCAUUGUCCAGGAGGAGAUCCGAGCAGGGAUCCCUAAACACAGGAUGGUUAUUGGUGGCUUCUCGAUGGGUGGUGCCAUGGCAUUACACCUGGUUUUCAGGUACCACCGGGAUGUUGCCGGCAUCUUCGCUCUGUCCAGCUUUCUUAACAAAGACUCAGUUGUAUAUCAGGCAGUAGAAGAUGCAUCCCAGCGCCCUCUACCUGAGCUCCUUCAGUGUCAUGGCACAGCGGAUGAGCUGGUUUUCCAUAGUUGGGGCGAGGAGACCAACUCACUGUUGAAGAAGGCUGGCCUCAACACGUCUUUCCAUUCCAUCCCAGACCUCAACCAUCAGUUGUGUCGACAAGAACUGGAGUUACUACGCUCCUGGAUCCUGAAGAAACUUUCCCUUUAGAACAUCCAUAAUGCUGGACAAUGACCACUGCUUCCCUAUAUACAAUACAAUAUAUACAAUAGAAUAAUCACCAUUUAUUCUCCCUCAUGUCGUCACAAGAUGUAAUUUAUAU